AUGGGAACAGAGGAGUUUGUGAAGAUGGUGUUGGAGAAGUUGAAGGAAGCGUGGGUGGCCAUGGAGAAUCUCUGGGGCCAGUUGUUGGGAUGGAUGGACAAGGUGUUCCCACCGGAAACCAGGUCGGAGAAGAUCCGGCACUGGGUUCAUCUUGGUGUUCCCAUCCUGAUGGGCUUGGUUCUGGUCUACUUGUUCUAUCGUUGCUGCAAAUGCUGCUGCGGUUCCCGGCCCAGAAGAGGAGGUGGUUACAAUAAGAUGAUGAAAGCUCCGGGCAGAAACUGCAGGAUGCCUAGAAAUGUGUUCGAGUCAAAUCCCAAAGCUUAUUUCCGAAACCUCCGAGCUUAUCCCGGUGAUGAACUCUGCUAA